AUCGAUCCGUCCAUAUCCGUUCAAAAUGGCUGCUAUGGCAGGUCAUUUGGGGCGAUAUGUUCUUUUUAGAGACUGUUUUCUUCGACUGAAUGUUGCUCGUCAAGCACACUACUGGAAUAAGGAUUGGCGCCCAGCGACAGAAGUUCCUGACACUGCAGAGAAGAAAAAAGCUGCUGCUCAGAAGUACGGCUUGAUACCUCAUGACUAUAAGCCGUACCCAGAAGAUAAUCUUAAGUUUCACGGAGAUUACCCACAGUUGCCAGAAAUUGGAGCAGAGUCCCGGGAUGCUUUUGAGCCGUACGACUUCCCUUAUCUGAGACGAAACUACGGUGAACCUCUACAUAUCCACGCAGAUGUGUAUACUGUAGAGAGGAUAGACAACACUACAAGAAAAAAGUACUCACACACGAACCAGGUGUUGACUUUUCUCUCAGUCAUGGGAGUUUUGCUUGGGUUCUUCAUUCUUGGUGAAAAGUACCCACUGCCACUUUGUCCUCAGUUGGGUCCAAAGCAACUGUAUAAGGAGGGUGAAGUGCAAUAUACAUUUGAUCCAGCAGAGUAAAUUUGAGACAUCUAGGAGCUGUAGCAUCUGACUUGCCCUUGUAGGUAAUAAAGGCUAAACAGGAACUGCCAAGUCUAGUGAUGAUGAAUGAAAGGCAAUAAAGAUAACAUCAAUGCAGA